GUGUACAACCACGUACGUGAGCUAGCUCGGCCGACCUUGGCCUAAUCGUGCAGAGUCGCUCUCGAGCAAACGCAAAGACUGCCGCCUAUGCUGUUGUCUAAUCAUUGUAUUAGCUUCGCUCACUAUCUUUGGAUGCAUCUCUGCGAGUAUUUCGCAGGCAAGUUGGAACGUUGUUACUGCUGCCCAGGUGCUGCCCUCACGCACAAAGACGAGCUGUCCCGUUAAUGAUCGCCCGGGCGGAAGAAGCGAAGGAAUGGCGGCGUCCACCCCACCUGCAGCCACGUAAGGUCUCCCUGCCGAGCCGGCGGCCAGUGCACACUCACGCUCUCUUCACGUAUUCACCAUUCUCCUCAUCAUCAUCACGCCCCGCUGUCGUGCGUUUGUGCGUACGUACGCUGUCCGUUACACGUCCCCUCAGUCCUGCGAUUCGUAAUCGACUCCGGAGAGGCCUCGUGCAGGGACCAAGCAAAAGCAGUCAUCACAGACAGCAGCUUAUUGAAAGUGGAGAUAUGAUCAGCAUUUGUGUAUUGAGAAGAAGAGAAGAAGAAAAAAGAGUAGCAACGGGGGGCGCUGGCUGUUCUUCCAGCUGGUUUGGUCUAUCUGUCUGGGGGACGAGCGGGUGCGGCGUUUUUCGUCCUCGUUGCGGCGCUGGGCGUUAUGGCGAAGAAGAUACUAACGCAUCCCUGUUCUUGACUGAUUACAAGUCAAGACUGCUGCCAGUGACAGCUCGUUGUGUCUUUCCAACAUCUCAUGGGCAACGGGCUGGUACAAAUCCUGCUAUUACGUGGGUCAUGAGCAGCUGUCUCCUGUUGCCAAGGUACUCUCAGACGGAUGUUAAAUCUUAGUACAGUAUGAAGGAUGUCACGCUCUCACUCUCACUCUCGCUGUCUUUGUCUCUGGUCUGACUGAUACCAACGAACGUUAUUUAACCAACUCGCGCCUCGGCUCCCCGGAAGAUCCUUGGAUUGCCCGGGCUGAAGUCCUAAGCACCGUGCGCGCCUUGCCCUGUUCACUAAUUACUCCAGGUGCCUUUUCGGCCCGUCGAUCUUCACGCGGAUGCAUGCUAACCUCCUACUCCCGCAUCCACUCUCA